GAAGAGAGAGGGGGGACCCAGGGCGUUCAGUCACUCAGAGGAUCCGAUUCUGUUUUGAUGGGGAAGAACCAAACAAGGAAAAAAUUAAAAUGGACUGUUAGCAUCAUUUUCGCCCACUUAGUAUUGUUUUUUCAAUGUGGCUACUAGGAAGUUUACUAUCACCUGUGAGGGUCCCCGGCUUAGGGACAGCACCGGUCUGAACGCCGGGGUGCAGUCCGGAGAAGUUCUGUAAUACACCACGAGGGGGCAGCAUGAUCGCAGACGCCAAAGAAAACCUAGCCUACUUGGAGAGACUUUUGCCUAAGCGAAGACCACACACGGUAGUAAGGAAGGAGCCUCCGACGUCAGUGGAGUUCCGUAGGGCCCUCAGCCACGAGCCGCCGUCCGGCGCGGGGGACCAAGGCCUCCACAUCCUCGUCCCCAGCGGCCUGGCCUUCCUCCUGCUGGCCCUGCUGGGGCUGGUGGUGAGGAGGGCCGUGGAGAGGCGCAAGGCCUUCUCCAGGCGGGUCCGCAGGCUGGCCGUGAGGAUGCGCGCCCGCGACGCGACCCGACGGCCCCGCGCGCAGCGCUCCCGCACCUCGUCGCGGCCGCGCUCGCAGAACGUCUACAGCGCCUGCCCGCGCCGCGCUCAGGGGCCGGACGCUGCGGGCGCACCGGACGCCCCGCGCGCCGAGCCCGCAGCCUCGGCACCGCCCACCCCGCCGCAGGUGUCUGAAACCCCCUGGCCCCAAGCCGCCACUCUGCAGACCAGCUGUGAAUAUGUGACCAUCUGUCACCAGCCUGCUGCCAAGAUGGAGGACCCUGAUUCAGACAACUACGUCAAUAUUCCCUACCUGACUCACCUCCCCAGCUGUGCCCCGGGGCCCGGGGCCUGGUGCUAAUGAGCCUUAUCUGUCUGCCGAUCUCCUGCACCUGCUCCCCGUGUUCUUGGAAGCCGGGUCACCUCCCGUGCCCCGUCUCUGGGUGCCCUGAGCGUGGCCCUGCUCCCAGCUCCUCUUGCACACCUUUGCAGUCAGCCCCUGGAGCUGCCAGGUGGGCUCUUGCCCCCACGCCACCUGCUCCCUUUCCUGGCCGUCAGACAGGUGCGGACUGCAGAGGGUGUCCUCACCAUCUCGCUCACAGCCCUUGCUGCCCUGUCUCGAGGCACAGCCCUCACUUCAGGCCCUUGCCAGCUGUGGGUCUCACCCAGAGAGAAGACCCUCGGGCCGCAUCGUGAAGUUGUGCCUCAUCCCCCUGAGCUAAGAAGGGGCCUGGUGUGGAAACAUGCCAGGGCGGGGUGGGGGGUGGCGUCUGUGCUCUGAUCCAGGGGCUGGUCCUCACCAGUGAGAUCCUGCCCGCUUACGCUGGGGGGAUGGUGUAUGGUUCCCAUUAGUGAGCUGUCCGUAGACCCGUAAACCCUCUUUCCCACAGCUCGUCCCCUCUCAGUGCACAUGAGUACCCUGACCCCAUGGCCCCCACUUUCACAUCCUUGUGGCCGCCCCCCCCAGCCCUCCUCCCGCGUCCUGGUGCUGCCACUUGGGCACGGAUCCUAACUGUGGCCCGUUGCAGUCUUCCGAAGCUAUGUCGUCUCCCUGCUCUCAGAAGAGCAAUCAUCUCUGCCAGUUUCAGACAACAUAUAAAGGGACUGGGGGGAGGGGGAGGGCAGUCGGGGUGUCUGGGGGGCUGGAGGCUUCACAGUGCCACUCAUGCUAUGGAAGAGACAGCCCACCGCCUGCGUGGGCUCCUCCUGCGUUGGUGGAGUGAGGGCGCAGCGGAGCCCGCGUCAGCUGCGAGGUGGAGGCAGAGCCAGAGGCCGCAGAAGGCCUCGCCUUGCUCUUGGGAAGGAGGCCUUUCCCAGAUGCCAGCACCCGCCGGAACAAGAAGGGGAAGGCGGCCAGACGUGUGCGGGGCCGCCUUGAAUCAGCAGGGGACGUCACCGCAGACCGCGCAGUGCCCCCAGCUACGAGGGCACCACCCUCUCAAGCGGCAGAUAAAGGAAGAAUUGGAACAAGAAUAGACGUGCACCCAGCCGAGGAGAAGGGCAGGCAGGGGCGUGGGGGGCGUGGGCCGGAAGUGGAAGGCGGAGUGGGAAUCUGCUUUGAGCCCGGCUCUUUAACCUACACUUGAUCUUCUGUCAUUUACAUUUCAAACUGGUGCCCCUUACGACCCCCCAGAGCCCUGGCCCUGCGCUUAUAAAAUGACGUGU